AUGAUCGAUAUUUCUUUUUUGUCACCGUCGCCAGGUUUCGGGGUGCUGCAGUGGGUGAUGAAGUGGGAGGAAAUAGGCGAGCGCACUAUCGAAAAAUUGCUGCAUGCCCUAGACGAGACUGUCCCUGUGGCUGCCGAGUUGGCGUUGAGUAUUGCUGCGGCAAUCACAGCGCUGGGGGCUACGGAUUACAAGCUCGUUGCAGCGGUUGACGCGAUGACCGAGAAGGAAGCCGUCGCUGCAGCUCAGUCACAAGGGUCAAUUUACAUGACAGCCCGAAGGGUAGGCGAAGAUGCAGCUGCUGGGGUGGACAGCCGGCGACGGGAAGAUGUGGUGAAACGAUUGUGGAGGAUGGGAGAAGGAUGGUGGCUCUCUUGGCCAUGGAGAAGCACUCUCGUCGGAUCGGGGCACAAACACGACAACCCCAAGACGAAAGAAACCCCCGAGAAGUCAUUAGCACAGUACAAGGCAGGAAGGACGCUCCUGUCCAGGCCGCCGCGACGAACCGAGAUUUUUGAGGUGCUCAGCGGCCAGGAACUGAUGAUGUUUUCUCAACCUCUGAUGAUCGUCAGCGGAGUUGGAUUCAGUGACCAUCUCACUCUUGAGGAUUUAGUUGAAGUUGUGGAAACUCAGUUGCUGGCAAAGAAGGAACGAACCAAUGUGGAAGACGAUGUUAUACAUUCGGAGAGUGAGAAUGAAUCGAAACCUCUUACUGUGUACAAACAUCCCCGAUUGCGAACAGUGAUCGGCAAACUCUUUGGACGCUACUGCUGGGUUCGGGCAGAAGAUUUUGAUGUUCGAAAUCACGUGCUGAAACUCAAUAGACAUGAAGCUCUCUCACUCCUCCGUCACCAUAGUGGUGGGCUCCGCUCUCUUCACCAGGGUGUUCUUCGAGAAUAUGAACAGGAGAAACAAAGGCCUACUGACGAGGAAAGUCUUCCCUCUACAUUCAAUAGCGGAGAGAGCGACGGAAGGUUCAAAGACGAAAUCCCAUGCGACGGAGGCAAUAACUGUAAAUGUGUUGUUACAUCUGCAGAGGCACAGGCUUUAGAAAACAUCCUGGCAACUCAGGCAUUGCAGCCGUCUAUGCCUCUCUGGCAGUUCGUCCUGCUCGAACACGUUGAACUUCCAGCGCUCGACGAAGGAGGUGACUCAGAAAAAGAACACUCGGAUUCACAUAAAGCCCUCAUGCAAAUCAUUUCCUACUUACAUGUGCCCUUCACUGUCGCUUCGCUGCUCAUGCUGACGGAAGAAAAGUCAUGGGACUGUCCGGAGAAGCCGCGACCCCCAAGGUCAGGCAGCGUGUGGGUGUUGCAGCCCAUCCGGUUUAGGCUCCAGGAGUUGAAGAGCCUCAGAAGGGCUCUCGCAGCACUCUCGCCACCAAAGGAGGAAAAAUGCUUGGGCGAUGCCAGUGAACGGUUGCAAAGUAACUCUGACACCCGUUUCUGCAAGGACCGUCUGCGUCGAUUGAGUCAGUAUAUCGUUAAAAAGCCACUACGGAACCUCCUGGUGUUCGUUGCUCGCAUUAUUCGCCCAAUAGCUCAAGGUACCAGUGCUUACAUUACCGGUCUGGAGCGAUCAACAGUGAAACAAGCACGGUUAGGGGAAGCUCAAGACACUCCUGCAGAAGCGGAUGCUGUGGAUGCGAGCACUACGGUGCUGAUGAACAAGAAGACUGACUCGAUUUCUGAAGUGGAGAAAGGUUCAAGAAAGGCACUCCCAAAACAAGAUUUGUUCACAAUCAAUGAGCUCCUUGCUACAUGCCUCGUGGGUGGUAUUUGCCGCUACGUCCACAACAAGGUCGCAAUGAAAUACGCCAUUGGUGAAAGGCCCGAAACGCUUUCCAGCAAGAUGUCGAAGAGCCGGUCGGAAGUUUUGGAGCACCCAAAAUACAGUUCCUGCGGGCGGCAACAGCAGAACAACGCAGCUCAACAGCAGGCCCCUGUGACACUCCAAGCUACCGGAAGCCUCAACGGAACAGGACAAAAUGUCACAGAUUUCCGCUCGGAUCUUUCGAAAGUCGGGGUGAUGACGUACAACAAAAGUGUUAGCGGUCUCAGUACUUACAGCAGUAGCACUUGCACCAGCGGCCACCGGACACGAGCUGAAGAUCACAUUACUGCUGAACAGGAAAGACGGAAGCAAAUUCUACAGAUGGAACUUGAUAUGCUCGAACAGCUGAUACCUCAGCUGAACAUUGUGGUGCCGGUGAACCUCCGGACCACAGAAGAAGAGUCGUUUGAACUGCGGAACAAUUUUACCUCGGCAGUUGUCCAGGUCGCAGCGGCUCACGCGUUCCAGGCCGGUUCAGCAUACCAACGAUUGCUGGGUGUUCGGAAAUCACUACGGAAGAGUGUCAAGAGUCUGGGCGCGCAUGUGUUCGCCCUCAUGGAAAAAAUUUCGUUCUGUACAACCCCUGACUUCCUCCUGUUUCUCCAGAUCUGGUUGACGAAAAAGAUGUCAGUGCUCUUCAGCAAUGUUCCUGGGCCCUCUGAGCAGCCCCAAAUCCAUGGCCGACAAGUGCAUGCCAUGCACUUCAUCGGUCCACUCGCCGGCCGGAUCAGCUUGAUUGUAAGCGCAUUUUCUUACGCUGACAACCUGGAUUUGGUUAUCACUACCGAUACAGCGUUGCUUGAGUCUCCAGAACUUCUCCGGCAGUGCAUCCUGGAAGAGUACAGGGAGCUCAAGCAGCUGUGUCCACCGACGCAACUUCCCUGA